AUGAGACCCGAUUUGUUUCCUACUGGAGACGAUGAUGAAGAGCUUUUUGGCAUCAUGGCCGAAUGUGUUGAUUUGCUUGAACAAGGUGAAUCAUCAAGACCAUACAUACCCCGUAUGGUCGUCGAAAGAGAUCUAUAUGGUGCUGACGAGCGCCUAAUGGCAGCUUACUUUAACGAAAACCCAAAGUAUUCGUUGAAGAGCUUUAGGCGACGAUUCCGUAUGUCUAGACCUAUGUUCAUGCGCAUUGUGAACGACAUAAUAUCAUACCCAUCUCGUAAUCCAGGUCCUGUGCCUUUGCAUUUUAAAAGAAUGCAAGACAAGCUGCUUAAUGCCCGUGGAAAGCCUGGUUUCAGCGCACCAUCCAAAGUGUGUAUGCGUCAUACGGAUGAAUACUUGCGUAGACCAACACCGGAGGACAUACAACGCUUGUACGUUCGACAUGAAGAGCUUCAUGGCUUCCCAUGCAUGUUUGGAAGCAUUGAUUGCAUGCACUGGCCUUGGAAGAACUGCCCCAAGGCAUGGCUUUGGAAAAACUGCCCCAAGGCAUGGCAAGGUCAGUUUACGCGUGAUGAUCACGGUCAUCCAACUAUCAUGCUUGAAGCAGUAGCUUCAUACGAUAGGUGGAUCCGGCAUGCUUUUUUUGGCACAGCUGGUUCGAACAACAAUAUAAAUGUUCUGAACCAGUCGCCUUUAUUUAGGGAAAUCAUUGAAGAUCGUGCACCUGAUAGCUCGUUCCCUGUUAAUGGCACCCACUACAAAAAGGGUUACUAUCUCACAGACGACAUUUAUCCCGAAUGGUCGACUUUUGUAAAGUCGUAUUCAUGCCCUCAAGAUGAGAAGCGAAAGAAAUUUAAAAAGUUUCAAGAAAGUGCCCAGAAGGAUGUUGAGCGUGCCUUUGGAGGGCUUCAAAACUCAUGUCACAUUCUAACCCAACCAGCAAGAUCAAAAAGUGUGAAUCGGAUCACUCGAACAGUGUACGCCUGUGUUAUAUUGCAUAAGAUGAAGGUUGAAGACACGGGGUACGCCAUAAGCUCACUCGAGGAUGGAGACGACAUUGAUCCAAUCGUCUUACCGGAGCGUACGUUCGAGGAAAUGAUUGCACUUCACUAA